AUGUCUGGAGGAAAAGGUAAAUCGGGCGGUAAAUCUGGCGGCAAAGUUGGCAGCUCAGGAAAGACAACCACCACAAGAUCAGCCAAAGCUGGCUUGACCUUCCCAGUUGGAAGAGUUCACAGGUUGCUCAGAAAGGGCAACUACGCUCAAAGAGUUGGUAGUGGUGCCCCAGUCUACUUGACUGCUGUUUUGGAAUAUUUAGCUGCUGAAAUUUUAGAGUUGGCUGGUAACGCUGCCAGAGACAACAAGAAAACAAGAAUCAUCCCAAGACACUUGCAAUUGGCCAUCAGAAACGACGAAGAAUUGAAUAAGUUGUUGGGUAAUGUCACAAUCGCCGAGGGUGGUGUCUUGCCAAAUAUCCAUCACACUUUAUUACCAAAAAAGACUUCAAAACCAAAGGCUUCUCAAGAAUUAUAA